CGCGUUGGCCAGUGUUUUUUUGUGUAUUCUGAAUUGGCUGUUUUAUUAAUCUUUUUUUCCAAAAUACAAAAGAUUUUUUUUGAUUAAAAUUGACAAAAUCAAUUCCUUCUAAUUAUGGCUACUGUAAGUCAACCACCAUCCGAAGAAUUAGUGCUUAAAGGCACCCUAAUUGGUCAUUCAAAUUGGGUUACUCAAAUUGCUACCACCAAACAAUAUCCUGAUACCAUCUUGUCAUCAUCGCGUGACAAAACAUUGAUCGUCUGGAAAUUGAACCAUGAUGAAGCUAAUUAUGGUUAUCCAUUGAAACGUUUACGUGGUCAUGGUCAUUUUAUCACUGAUGUAGUUUUGUCGCAAGACGGUCAUUAUGCUUUGUCUGGAUCCUGGGACAAAACUCUUCGAUUGUGGGACUUGAAUCUUUGCAAAACUACCCGACGUUUUGAAGGACAUACUAACGAUGUUUUAUCAGUAGCAUUUUCUCCGGAUAACCGACAGAUCGUCAGUGGCUCGCGAGAUAAAUCGAUUAAAUUGUGGAAUACUAUCGCUCAAUGCAAGUAUUCGAUCGAAGAAGCAAACGGCCAUUCUGAUUGGGUAUCAUGUGUACGAUUUUCUCCAUCCAGUACAAAUCCAAUCAUCGUUAGUGCCGGUUGGGACCGUAUGGUCAAGGUUUGGAAUCUAGCAAACUGUCGUCUUAAGACUGAUCAUAUUGGUCAUGUUGGAUAUUUGAACACUGUGACAGUUUCACCUGAUGGUUCGUUAUGCGCUUCUGGUGGAAAAGAUUUCAAAGCCAUGUUAUGGGAUCUUACUGAAGGCAAACAUUUAUAUACAUUGGAUCAUAACGAUAUCAUCAAUGCUUUAUGUUUUUCACCGAACAAAUAUUGGCUCUGUGUUGCCACUGGUCCAACAAUUAAAAUAUGGGAUUUGGAAGGCAAAAAUUUGGUCGAUGAACUUAAACCUGAAAUUUUGGCCAGUAAAGGCAAAGCACCACAAUGUAUUUCGUUGGCUUGGUCGCAUGAUGGUUCCACUUUGUUUGCUGGUUAUACGGACAACCAAAUUAGAGUAUGGCAAGUUGUACCAGCUUCUAUGUCAUCUUCGGCUUAAGUUAAACAAAAAAAUUUUUAUGAAUUGAUUAAUAUGAAAACAAUAAAAAAUUUUUAUUGAA